UUUCCUUCUUCUUUUCCCUUCUCUCUCCCCGAAACCCCUUCUUCUUCUCCCUUUUUCUUUUCUUUUCUUUCCUUUGUUUUCUCUCCAAACCAAUCACGACCACAACCAGUUGGACCACCGUCGGAGUGCCAUUUCUGACACGCGCCGGAGCUGCAGCUUCCCUGACCGGCGAUGACGGAAACCCCAAAGUUUGGUGGCCAUCGGAGCAAGGACGCGCCUAUACAGCCACUCCGAAGUUUCGCCGUCGAAACUUUGAGGUGACUUUCCGGCGAACUCCGACCACCGUUCGGCGAGUGGGUGGUACCGUUGGAAUCAACGUCGUGAGAGGAUCGUCGCCCACUAAGUCAUUCCGGUCAACUCACCAUUUUUCUCCGGCGAGAUUUUGGGUAUCUUCGCCCCUUUGGAAGCAUUUUCCGGCGACAUCGGAGGUCAUUUGGGCGAAGGAGUUGUACUUUCGUGAUGUACUCAUCGGGAUGAUCGUUUUGAUAUAUGCCAUGCAUAUAUUCGUUGACGUUUCCGGUACCGCCACCAACCGCUAUUGUGCACCGCUUGGGAAAAACGUGAUAUUAAAAUCAGACUAAAUCAUUCUAAGAUCAUCGAUAAGCUUAGGAGCGUUGCUUUGGGCUCGGAUUAAAUUCUAAUGAGGUAUCUAAAGAGGUAGGGACUCAACUAGACUAUUGGACUUAUUUUACUCGUAUUAAAUUGCAUUCAACAUAUUCCAAUUUUGAUAUUUAUAAAAUGUUUGAAAAAUUGAAAACUUAACCUGCAUGUUUUCUGAUCUGUUCUGAGGGCACCGAGUGCCAAAUAUAUAUUUUGUUCACUUAUUUAUGCAGGUUAUGAUUUUUGGGUUUAUUCAAAUGUAGCUGUUAUGCUGCCCAAUUUUCUAAAAUAUAAAGGGAAUAUGUUUCUUUCUUUUCAUGUUUACCUGCAUUUGGUUAUACUGAUGAGAACCAUAGUGAUCAUGAUUGGUGCACGUUGUUGUUUCACGACCUAGUCUCUGUGUCAUCAUAGGUAGAUCAGGUGUCCACUCACCUGUAGGUGUAAAGACCUAGCAUCUGUAUACAGGAAGUGUUCUGAGCCUCCCCAUUGUGGUGGUUAUCAGGUCCGGCUACCCGGUUUAGGAUGUCGGAUUUUCUAUGGUGGAUAACGGGAACUAGGGGUCUAGUGGACGGUGUGAUGUGCACUUGUAGCUAUGCUCUUAUGAUUAUUUGUGGUUUCUCUAUUUUGGUUUAUACAUGAUGAUAUAUGUUUUGCUUUCAAAGCUAACUAUGCAGGGGUUUUAUUAAACUUUUGGGUCCAUGAUAUUAGUUGUUUUCCUACUGGGCUUUAUAAGCUCACCCCUAUCUCUCCCAUUCCAGGAGCCUAGUGACGCGAACGUGGAAAUGAUGAAUUAUCGAUGGAGCCAAUGUGUUUAGCCUAUUUCUAUUUCGGGUCAUUGUCUUAUCUUUUGAGCAUUAUAUAUGUAUUCGACUUCGAAUCUAAUGAUCGGUAUAUCUGAAUGAGCUAUGAAAUAGUUAGGGAUGAGGAAUGGUGGAUGCUAAGUAUUAUUUUGAGUGUUUAUGACUUAUUAAAUUUAACUAUUUGGUGAUUACAUAACUGUGAGAAUAUUAUUGUUUUAUGUAUAAUGAUAAAUGAUCAUACUUUUAUUACUAAUAUUUUUCUAUCUAAUUAUAGGAGUUAUUUCAUUAUUUUAACUUAUAAUUAUAGUAUGAUUUAAUAUAAAAUAAAUGAUCAUUUAUAAAUACUAUUUUUCAACGAGGGUCAAAGUUUGACCUUUGACCACUCAAGUUAUGGAUAUUACAAAUCUGUCACGGCCUAGGGCUCGGGUCGUGACAAUAUUCAUAAUAAUAAAUAAGUAUUUAAGCAAACUAUAUACCCUAUAUUUAAAUUGAAAUUUUAUUACUUUUCCUGUGAUACUUUUCCACAAUAGCACCAUUAUAAAUUUAAUUAGUUUUUUAAUUAAUAUAAUAUGUUUCCCUUUUUAAUCAGCUUUCUAUUUCAAAUACUUAACGAUUGAGUUAUAUUUGGCUUCAACAUUUUAUUGAAAGAAACCACACACAUUAUUAUAUAUAGUUGUGUUUAGUUUUUGUGAUCUACAUAUCCAUAUAUAGUUUUGUAGUGCAUCUUUAAUUGAUAGAUAUUACAAUGUUUUGGAUCGUAUGGAGAAUUUAAACACACUACUGAUUAAUGGCAAUUAGACAUAUAGUAGUGCUAUUUCAAUGCCUAAUCUAAACAUAGAGUAGUUUGUUUAGAAUGCAACCGUUGUCUAGAAGUGGUUCACCACUUUCUCCGCCUAACACAUCUCCAGCCCAACAAUUCGUAUAUUGAUCAUCAUACGUACAUGUAUGUGUAGUCUUGUCCUGAUCUAAAAUCUUAUAUAAACAAAGCAUUGUCCUUACCAUUGAAGACCUCCCCAACAAUAAACAUAGUUGAUAUAUGCAUGCAUGCAUCUGCUGCCAUAUAUAAGUGAUCCUAAUCAGGUUAUUUUUAUAAUAACCUGUUGGAUCGAACUGGGGUUGGCUAGCUAGGUCCCGCUUGUGGAUUCAAAAUCCAUACCUGCGACCUAAUUAGUCUUCCUCAUUCACCAGAGCGCGGGGGUAAAUAUUCCAUAUAUAUAUAUAUAUUAUAUAAAUAUAUAAAAACAACAAUAUGGUUAACACAAUGAAAUUCUAUGUUUUGUUCAUUUUCUUAACUUUUGCUACGAUAUUGGUUCAAUCUAAAAUCGCCGAGUACGACGAUUAUUGGAAAAGAAGAGCUGAGCAAUCCCAGAAAUAUGCCAUUGAAGCUUACGCUCCAAAUCCAGAGGAAGUCACUGACCAAUUGAACUCCCAUGUCGAGCAGUCUCUAACGUCGAACAGUACGAGAAGAGAAUUGAGAGGAAGGAGGAACAGGAAGACAGGUCCAUGCAGGGCCACAAACCCAAUAGACAGGUGUUGGAGAUGUGACCCCAACUGGGCCAGUAACCGUAAGAAGCUUGCCGACUGUGUCCUCGGCUUCGGGCGCGACACAGUGGGUGGUAAGUACGGUUCGUACUACAUAGUGACCGACCCUUCAGACAACAAUCUCGUCGACCCCUUACCCGGUACACUCCGCCACGCCGUCACUCAAAAACAACCUCUUUGGAUCAUCUUUGCUCGGAGCAUGAUCAUCAGGCUCUCCGAGGAGCUUAUCAUGACCGGAGACAAGACCAUCGACGCUCGAGGAGCCAAUGUCCGCAUUGCCUUCGGUGCUGGCAUUACUAUCCAGUUCGUCAAGAACGUUAUUAUCCAUAACCUUCACAUACACGACAUCGUUGCCAGUAAUGGCGGCAACAUCCGGGACUCGUUCGACCACGUAGGUUUUAGGACCAAGAGUGACGGCGAUGGUAUAUCCAUCUUUGGCUCCACAAACAUUUGGAUUGAUCACGUGUCCAUGUCUAAUUGUCAAGAUGGCCUCAUCGACGCCAUCAUGGGCUCCACCGCCAUCACCAUCUCCAACUGCCACUUCACCCAUCACAACGAGGUGAUGUUGUUCGGGGCGAGUGACAGUUACUCGGCGGACCAAAUGAUGCAAGUGACGGUUGCUUUCAACCAUUUUGGGCAAGGAUUGGUGCAAAGAAUGCCGAGGUGCAGAUGGGGAUUCUUCCACGUGGUGAAUAAUGACUACACCCACUGGCUCAUGUACGCCAUUGGAGGUAGCCAGCACCCUACUAUUAUCAGUCAGGGAAAUAGGUUCAUUGCUCCCCCUAAUGAGAAUGCAAAACAGGUGACCAAGAGGGACUACGCAGACGAGAGCGAAUGGAAGAAAUGGCAAUGGAAAUCUCAGGGGGACCUAAUGAUGAAUGGGGCUUUCUUUGUUGAGUCAGGAGGUCACUUCAAUAAAAAACGGUUCACGAGGCACGAAAUGAUUAAGUACAAGCCUGGCACCUUUGUCACCAGACUUACUCGCAAUGCUGGAACCCUCGUUUGCCGCUUCAGCAAACCAUGCUAACAUGCACAUCAAAUCAAUUUAAUCAUAUAUCCUGUCGCUCAAAUCUUCGCUUUUGAUACAUAGGUAUGAAACAAGAAAAGGGUUUAGCAAUGGUGAAUUUCUUGAUAAAUUGUGGCCUGUAUAUUCAUUUGUAAGCACUUUUAUAUUUUGUGUUUUUUUUAGUGUUUUUUGUUUUUAAAUUUUAUUUUUGGGUUCUUUGGCUUGUUUGGGGAA